AUGACCUUUGAUGGGAACUUGAGGGAACACUGGAAGAAAUGGAAACAAGAACUGGAAUUCUAUCUAGUGGCUACAGAAAAGGAUAGCAAGUCAAUGAAAGUUAAGUCAAGUAUUUUGUUAACAUGCAUAGGUCCACAAGGAAGAGAAAUUUAUAACACAUUUUCAUUUAACGAUGAUGAAGAGGCUAUGGACUUUGACCUAAUUAUAAAUAAAUUUAAUGAAUACUUCUUGCCAAAAAGGAAUAUUACUCUAUUAAGACACAAGUUCUUCACAUACAAACAGAAAGAAGGACAAUCAUUUGCUGAAUUUGUUAUACAACUCAAAAAACUCUCAAAAGAUUGUGAAUUUAAUGACUUAAGAGAAUCCCUAAUGAGAGAUGUUAUAAUUGUAGGUGUAAGUGAUGAUCGACUAAGAGAGAGAAUGUUGAGAGAACCUGACCUAAACCUAGACAAGGCUUUGCAACUAGGGAACUCUGCUGAACAAACAAAAUCCAUGUCAAAGAACUGA